AGAAAUAUCCUUGCCAGGAUGGCUUUCUUUCCACUUAGGUGGGACAAGAAAGAAGACGCGGGACAAUGUUGGCCCCCAAGAGUUAAGCCAUUUUGGACAUCAUUCUUCUCCAGAGGCUACCUCUCCAGAUGAAACCAGUGAAGAAUCUGAUGAAGAGUAACCCACUGAGAAAAGAAGAGGACUGUAUGGACCUCUUGAUAGAACUGGCAUAGAAGUUAGUGAUUGCACAAAAAACAGAAGGGCUAAUGGCUAGUUAACCAUGAGAUAAGAACGGAGGCGUGGAGAACUUGCCAGACUGCAGCUAAGGGCAGUGGUGGAUUGCCUCCGGUUCGGACCGGUUCUAUAGAACAAGUAGUAAAACUGGCAGGAGGCUCGGCCCACCGACCCCGAUGUCAUCAGGAAGCUUAUGUGCAUGCGCAUAGCCCCGUUUUGAACCUGUAGUAAAGGGCAGCACCCCUGCAUGCUGUUUUGAACAUUUUUCUCAUCAAAGGACAACACUAUACUUCAUAGAGCAUUCCAGACAAACAGACAUGCACGGAUUCCCAGACCAAGCUUCCUUUCCUCACGGAGAAGACAAUGGAGUCCUCUAUCAAAUAUAUCAACAAAAAGUUUCCCAACUUGGACACACGGAGCAGCACGCAACACUUGGGUCCGGUACACAAAGAGAAAGCAGAUAUUUUUCGGGCACUCACUGCCUACUAUCAGACCUUUGUGGAUGUAAUGGAAUUCCGGGACCAUGUUUAUGAACUGCUGAAUACCAUAGAUGCAAGCCAAUGCUACUUGGACAUUAAUGUGAAUUAUGAUUUCACCAAGAACUACCUGGACCUGAUUGUCACCUAUGUUUCUGUCAUUGUACUUCUUUCCCGUAUUGAUGAUCGUAAAGUUCUGAUUGGUCUGCAUCACUGUACCCAUGAAAUGAUCCAUGGAACCAGUGAAGCUAGCUUCCGUCGAUUGGGUCAGAUGAUCAUCGAGUACGAGAAUCCCUUGCGCAAGCUGCUGGAGGAGUUUGGACCUCAUACCAAGACUGUGAGCCAUGCACUUCUUUCACUGCACUUCCUGUUUGCCCGUCGAAACCAUUCUGCUGACCAGUGGCGAGGUGACCAGCUCUUCAGUUUGAUCAGCAAUCCUGCCAACAUGCUGUCUCCUGCCAGUUCAGACACUAUGGCCUGUGAAUACCUUUCAUGGGAGGUUCUCGAGCGAUGGAUUGUGAUGGGGUUCUUGCUCUGCCACAGUUGCCUGGCCUCUACCCAGAGCUGCCUGGAUCUUUGGCGGAUGGCUCUUCGUGGUUCACUCUACAUCACGCUGAUACGAGAUGAAGUGCUUUCUAUUCACAAGGUGACAGAAGAGGCCUUCAGUGGCAUUAAAGGCUAUGGGAAACGUAUCACUGAUAUUAAAGAUUGUAAAGAGCAUGCUCUGCAACAAAGUGGGCAAUUACAUCGAGGCCGGCGAAAUUUCUUGAGGAAUGCUUUGCGGGAGAUGGAGGCUAUUCUGGCCAAUGAACCUGGACUGCUGGGCCCCAAGGCUAUUUAUGUCUUCAUGGCUCUGUCAUUCUGCCGGGAUGAGGUUGCCUGGCUAUGCAGACACGGUGAGCACAAAGGCAAGAACCAAGAGGAAUUCACUGACAGCUGCUUGGCUGAGCUGCUAUUUCUGAUGGAAAGACUACGCAACUUGCUUAAACAGCACCAAAGUGUCAUUCAACGGUACCAUGUACAAUAUUUGUCACGCUUUGAUGCCCAGGUGCUUGGUAACGUCAUACAGGACCUGACUGUGUGCCCUGAAGAGGAAUCAGUGAUUAUGUCAGCUUUUGUCAACACACUCACAUCCCUGACUGUCAAACAGGUGGAUGUCAAGGAAAAAUUUGAAUUCAAGGGACUGCGAUUGGAUUGGUUCAGACUACAGGCAUACACCAGUGUCACUAAGGCCCCAUUGCAACUGCGGGAGAAUCAUGAUCUGGCCAAGGUGAUGAACCUCAUUGUCUUUCAUACUAAGAUGCUAGACUCUGUGGAACAGCUCAUAGUGGAGACAUCCGAUCUCUCCUUCUUUGGUUUCCACGUGCGCCAUUUGGAGAAGUUAUUUGCCACCUCCUUAGAGGAACCGUCCAUGUUGCGUUAUGUCAUAAUUUUCCCACUUCUGUGUGCUGAUUUCAGUAAUACGAUCCAUCCAAUGUGCCCUGAGGAGUAUCCGCAUCUGCGCACCUGUGCCUUGGCCAUAUGCAACAACUUCCUGGAAGAGAUUGCAAAGCAGACUUCGACCUGCAUCCUUGAUGCUUGUGCUGAACACUGUAAUCUGAGCGAGCAACUCUUACCCAAGCACUGUGCACCCACAAUCAGCAAGGCCCGAACCAAGAGGGUUCAAAAAAAAACUUCCAAAAAGUUAGAGCCAGAAAGGGAUAAACCUGGAGCAGAGAGUAUUCGGAAGGACCGCAGUCUGGUCACAAAUCUGGACAAGUUGCACCUGACCCUGUCUGAACUUUGCUGGAGCAUAAACCAAACAGACAGCAUUGUUGUCUUUGAGCAUAUAGUAACUCCAGUGGAGUAUCUCAGUAGCCAGUUGGAGAUCCGACUCAGCAGGUCUUUGGCGCGACUGGUAAAACCAAACCCAAGUUCUCCAGAGAUAGUGCGUCCCACAGAAGUAUUAGCAGGCGUGCAGGCCUAUGCUACUUUCCUGGUGUCCCUGAUGCAUCGUGUAGGAGUGGAUACUUCGCGCCUCCUCCGUGGGGUGCUCCUGCAACACACCCAGCCACUGGAUGCAAGUGGGGAGCAGACAAUCACCACACUCUAUACCAACUGGUAUCUGGAGUCACUUCUACGCCAGGCAAGCAUGGGAUCCAUUGUCCUUUCACCUUUAAUGCAAGCCUUUGUCAGUGUUCCCAAAGAAGGGGAACAGAUCUUCAAUGCUGAAGAAUUUUCUGAUGUCCUAGAAAUGAGAGCAUUGGCUGAACUCCUUGGUCCUUAUGGACUGAAGUUCCUAAGUGAUAACCUCAUGUGGCAUGUCACCUCACAGAUGGUGGAGCUAAAGAAACUUGUGACUGAGAAUAUGGAUACUUUGGUUCAGAUCAGAUCCAACUAUUGCCGUCCAGAGCAGAUGGCAACGCUAAUGCCCCGCCUAUCAGGCAUAGAUAAUGUUCUAAAAAGGAUGACAAUUAUUGGGGAAAUUCUGUGGUUCCGGUCAAUGGCACAGGAGGGACUUCAAAAGGUGUUCAGCAAUCGUUGCCCUUUCCUGAUGGGACCCAUUCAGUAUCUGCAAGAAUUUGUCAACCCUGAGAUGGACAUAAAGGUGACUUUGAGCAUCUUUGAACUGGCCACUGCUGCAGGACUCCCCUGUGACAUCGACCCAGCCCUGGUCUCUGCACUCUCCAACCUGAAGAAAGAAAGCUCAUCCCCUGAGGAGGACUACAAGACAGCCUGCUUGCUCCUAGUCUUCAUAGCUGUGUCUCUGCCACUCCUGGUCUCAGAUCCUUCCUCUAUUUACCUCACUGAGAUGGAUGGUUAUAGAAACAAUAUCCACUGCCUUGCCAAAGCUAUCAUCCAGGUGUCGGCUGCACUCUUCACCAUCUACAACAAAAAUAUUGAGAGCCAUCUCAAGGAAUUUCUGGUUCUGGCUUCUGCUAGCAUCUCACAGGGAGGGCAAGAAGUUGAUCGGAUGAAAGCCAAAAACUGGGAGUCCAUCUCAUUGCUCCUGUACCUGCUUGUGGAAGAGUCAUCCUUCUUGACCGUUGAUAUGCUGGAGACCUGCUUCCCUUAUGUGCUGCUGCGAAAUGCUUACCGUGAAAUCUCCCGAAACUCACUUUUGAGUCGUGUCUCUGCGCAUUGAAAAGCCUUCCCUUCUGGCCAUCCAUCCGGAUUGCCAGAUCAUAAAUGCAGAAUAUUUGGAUAGGAAGGAUAGUGGAUGCUUUGGCCAAGCUGUCUCUUUGACCCUUCAACUUAUUGUCUAAAGAGAACCAGUCCCAGCUUCUUGAGUGCUUAGCUAACAUUUGAUGGCCUUUGUUUUGGCCAGUAUUACUACUAGUCUGAAAUGUAUAACCAUUUGAUGGUUGCCAUCAAAGUUUUCUGGGUACUUAUUGGUAGAAUGUGCUAUGUUUCACCAGUUGCGGUUUUUGUGGCCUUUGAAAAAUGUCUGCUUGGACUGACCAGCCUCCAAAUAAAUCCCAAAAUAUUCAUUCCGGUCACCUGUGGAAAAAAGAAGUCUAAAUAUUUUUCAGCACACAUUAAUUCUUUCAAUCCACCAAUUAGGUUGUAAGCUUCUUAGGAUAAGCACCAAUUUUUGUAAAUAUAUAUAUAUUUAUAUAUAUUUUGCAAAUAAAAUUAUAAAUGAAUGAUUAUAGUAAUCACUCCUGGAAAAGAAACAGCCGACAGUCUUGUAUUCCAAGUAUGUGUCAGAAAAUUUAAUCAGUCUGAUUAUUCUUUUUGGGUUUUUUUGUUUUGAAAACAAUCAUGGGAAUUGUCAACAAGGAAUAGGGAAGACAUUCCUUAUAUUAUCUACCCCUUAUGUCCUUCCCAGUCCAAAUACCAAUUGAUGCACUGGCUUGAGAUGGAAACUGUAGCCCAAAGCAUUAAGACUGUACUAAUGAUUGGGAAUAAUAAGUUAGGUUUACACUUGCUAAGCCAUGGUUUCUUUAACAAACCACCAUAGCUGGAUCACACAAAACUAAUCUAAAAGCCUUGACAGAAGGAUGGCAGGUACCUUGAUGAUCCUUUAGACAUGCUUGAUAUCUUUGGAUAAUAAUAAACGUGAAUCUAUCUUCAAA